AUGGCACAGCCAGUGACGCCAGAGGGGCCCCGAGCCUCCCACAUGUACAAGGUGGUGCUGCUGGGCAGCAUGUCCGUGGGCAAGUCCAGCCUGGCCUACAGAUACGUGAGGAACGACUUCAGGGAGCUGCUGCCCACCGUGGGAUGCUCCUUCUUCACACAGAUCCUGGAGCUGGACGAGGCCACUGUCAAGUUUGAGAUCUGGGACACGGCGGGCCAGGAGAAGUACCACAGUGUCUGUCACCUCUACUACAGGGAUGCCCACGCUGCCCUCAUCGUUUAUGACAUUGCCAACAAGGAAACAUUCAGCAGAGCAAAGCUGUGGCUGGAGGAGCUGGAGAAGAAAUUCCUGCCUGAUGAAAUCGUGGUUGCUCUGGUGGGCAACAAGACAGACCUUGCUGCUGAGAGAGAGGUCACCACUGAGGAGGGGGAAGACUUUGCACGGACAAAAGGCCUCCUGUUCAUGGAGACAUCUGCAAAAUCCAACCACCAGGUGAACGAUGUCUUCAUGGCUGUAGUCCAAGAGCUCCUGAGGAGGGAGAAAGAGAAGGCGCCCAGGCCAUCCCCACGUGGGAGCCCCACCGUGGACCUGAGGACGAGCGGCACGGGGACGAGGUGCUGCAGGAGCUGA